AUGAGUAAGCUUUUGAAAUUGGGCUCAAUCACGUUGGUUUCGACUGCUUUGGCGACUUCGUACUACUUCUAUGCUGUCGACAGGGACGGGUACCACUACAAUCGUUCCGUGUGGAAGAAAGUGAGCGACAGGACGAGGGGCCUUCUGGAUAGGAAGCAAGAUCUGGAGCGCAGCAGUCCCCAUACCACUGAACUACGGGAGGUGAUUCAAAGACCUGUCUCCGAGACAUUCAAAGACCUGUGGAACGAGCAGGUCAGAGAAAUUGUCAGGUGGGUAUACUCGCUGGGCAAUUGA